AUGGCUCGGAUGACACCAGAUCAAUUUAAUUUGUUAUACAGCAUGAUUGAACAUAGACUUCAAAAAUUCAGUUUGAGACGACCUUUACCAAAAAGACUUCGAUUAAUUCUUACGUUAAACUUUUUAGCGCAUGGUGACAGCACCAAAACUACUUCAACUCUUUUCUAUAUUGGUCGUUCAACUACUUAUAAAAUAGUGCACGAAGUUUGUUCUGUCAUCUGGGAUUGCUUAUCUCCUCGAUAUUUAGCAGUAAAAGACGCUUUUGAUUGGCAAAUCGUUGCACGCAGUUAUUUCGAGAAAUGGAAUUUUCCAAAUUGCUUGGGUGCCAUUGAUGGAAAAGAAAUUCGCAUUAAAAAGCCACCUCACUCUGGAUCUCUGUUUUGGAACUACAAAAAGUUUUUCAGUUUCAAACUUUUGGCCGCAUGUGAUGCACACCUUCGUUUCACUUGGAUUGACGUUGGCGAUUAUGGAUCCGUAAGUGAUGCAUCAGCUUUCCUCUAUACAGAUUUAUACACUGCUCUUGAACAUAAUGAAUUGGACUUGCCACCUGCUGCAGCUAUACCCAGAACGAAUAUAGUAGUUCCUUAUGCAUUUGUUGGGGAUGCAAUAUUUCCAUUCAGAAACUAUCUCAUGAAGCCAUUUGACAGAAACCAUAGGUUGACUGAAAGGCAAAUCUACUACAAUUACAGGUGAUUGAAAAAGAAAUAUACAAUAUACAGUCCGGGGAAUCUAUUUAUAAUUA